AUGGAGCUUGAACACAAAGCCUAUUGGGCUUUAAAAACAUGCGAUUUUGAGCCAAAUGAGUUGCGUGCCAAUCAAAAUUUACAAAUAAAUGCUUUGGAAGAAUUGAGGAACGAGUCCUACACUAAAUCAUUGAUCUACAAAGACAAGACAAAAAGAUGGCAUUAUGCAAGGUUGAAGGGUAACAAGGAAUUUGAAGCUAACCAAAAAGUUCUUUUAUACAAUUCAAGACUUAAGCUUUUUCCGAGAAAAUUGCUUACUCGUUGGUCCGGGCCUUUUACAAUCAAGCUUGUAUAUCCGUAUUGGGUAAUUGAGUUGUGGAGCAAAGAUGGAUCAAGCAUUAAAGUGAAUGGGCAUAGGGUCAAUAAAUAUGAAGAGGGCAUACUAAAUGAAAAAUUACUUGAAGAGGGAAUGGACUUUGAGAAAGCCGCUACAAUGUAA